AUGGCGUCCCAAUCCGCUCCAUCUACACCUAGAGCCGUAUCAGUGCUCGCCCCUGUCCCCGAUGCCUCACGGACGCCUGGGAAAUGGCGCCACCCUCGUCUCAAUGAAGUUGUAAGGCGACAGAAUGCUGGAACAUUCGGAGAUCGCAAUAUUCGAAAGCUUGUUUGGAAUGGGGCCGCCUUGAUUGCGACCUGGGUAUUCGGAAACACGGUCAAAUCAUAUUCGCUUCGUCUACAGAACUUGGGCCAGUACCCCGCUUAUCCAGACCUCGCGCUGCACGUCGUACAGCUCAUUCUUGCGUUGAACAUCCUGGUUGCAUUAUACCCUUUGUUCCGUCCGAAAGAUGACCUCUCCGAUAUCCCUCUCACUCCUACACAGCGUUCCCUCCUCGGACUCGAUCCGUCCGCGACUCCACCGCUUACACCGGGGACUACGUACAUUACACCGCCGAGGUAUCGACUGUCUGCCUCGAGAACAGCGACUCCAGCGAGCAAAGGUGCAUCGUCGCCCCUAUCCGGUAGUGCCGGUCUUUCAGGGCGUAGACUUUCGUCGGGCGCAUCAUUUUCACCAUCGACAAGUCCGCUACUGUACAAAGCCGUUUCGAAUGGCGGCAAGGAGAGCGGGCGACGGCCAAGCUUUGGGUCUUCUUCGACAUUCAGCCGCAGCUCGCUUUUCGGGGAGUCUAGCAUCGGGCCCGCGAGUCCUUCGCCUGUAGGGGGCAAGCGCGCGAACCUGGGAUUGAGCAACAAAUGGUUGUAUGAAAGAAGUAGGCGGCUCUCCGCUAGUAACGGGAGUCUAUAA